AUGGAAGUCAACCCACCCUGUUCUGGAAUUCGUCGACCAAAUCGUUCUUCGAAUCACGAUGGAUCCCAAGUCGAGCGCCAUGGCUGGGGAAUGUUCGCUUCUGCAUACCCGCUAACCGUUCGUGGUGGUCCAACGGGUUCAGCGAAUAGGAUGCGUCAGGGAAAAGCAAGGGUGUUGUUCGCUCAGCUCGUCGAAGAGUUCCAAAUUGCUGCAGUAGUGAAUUUGGCGCAAAACAUUAGGUGGCCGCUAACAAACGGGAAAUGGUCGAUCAUCUGGCGGAAACCGCCUGCUACCGAGGAAUUGCGAAGGUUCUAG